AUGGAGUCGACGCUCGUGACGACCAGCGGGAAGGGCUCGAACCCGAAGACGACGCUGUACGUUGGCGGGCUCGACGAGUCGGUGAACGAGGGGCUGUUGCACGCGGCCUUCAUUCCGUUCGGGGACGUCAAGGACGUCAACAUCCCGAUCGACCCGCAGACGGGCAAGCACCGGGGGUUCGGGUUCGUGGAGUACAUCGACAAGGACGACGCCGCGGAGGCGAUUUACAACAUGCACAACGCUGAGCUGCAGGGGCGCGUCCUGCGCUGCAACUACGCGCUCCCGGCGAAGAUCAAGGGCGGGGAGAAGGGAGUCAGCCACCAGCCUGUCUGGGCCGACGCAGACAGCUGGUACGAGCGACAAUUGCAGGAAAAGGAGAUCAAGCGAUUAGUCGCAGCGGACGCCGCGGGGCCGGCCGCCAACCCCAUGCAGGAGCUGGAGGAGGCCGCGGGCGCGGAGGCCGCCAGCUAG